UAGAAAGACCAGCGGAACUGACGAUUAACUCGCCGUUUCUGUCGGAACUUUCCCGUGUAAGGACCAGCGGAAAUAAACCGGAAAAACUACUGCAGCAUCAUCUUUGUUGGGAAUAAAUUGGUCUUUCGUUGUAUUUUUGUAAACUCCUCUGGAUAUCGUGGUGUUUCCAGUGAGGAUGAGUUCGUCUGGGUCUCUGAGAGAGUUCAUCAGUCAGCGACUAACUGCUGCUGCUGAAGAAAUAUUCACAGAGUUUGAAAAAACCAUCGUCCAGUACGAAGAAGAGAUCGACCGACAGAGAAGACUGCUGGACAUCACCUGGAAACCGGAGAUUAAACUACACAGAACAGACUCCCAACAAGAUCUCUGUAAAGAGGAGGAUGAUGGUCCUGACCAGCAGCUCUUUAACCAGGAAAUAAACUCCCGCCUGGACCAGAAGGAACCAGUACAGCUUAAAGAUCAGCUGGUACUGAAAGAGGAGACCGAUAUCGUCAUGGUGACUCAGAAUUCUGAUGAAAGUGACCACAAUGAACCAGAACCAAACAUGGAUCCGGUCUUCUAUCAGAACUCUCUGGUAGCUGACGACCAGGACGAGGAAGAAACAAACCACGAAGAACCAGGACCAAAUAAGAGAAGCCGCAGCGAGAGAAGUGACAGUAUUUAUGUGGACAACUUCCUCAAGUCAGAGAGUCAUCAUGACUCCGACGCAGAAGAACAAUCUCUAAGCUGUGAUAUUUGUGGAGAAUCGUUUCAGGAUGAGAAUCUGAUGAUGAUACAUCAACAGAUCCACACGGAUGACAGGCCGUAUACGUGUCAAAUUUGUUAUAAAAACUUCAAAAAAAGCAGCUACUUAGCCGAGCACAUGAGAACGCACACCGGGGAGAAGCCGUAUGUAUGUAAAAUAUGUCAUAAAGCUUAUACACAGAAUAACAAACUGAUGAUCCACAUGAGAACUCACACAGGAGAGAAGCCGUUUUCUUGUAAAAUAUGCCAUAAAAACUUCACGAGAAAUAGCAGUUUGACCGAUCACACGAGAACUCACACAGGGGAGAAGCCGUAUAUAUGUAAAAUUUGUCACAAAGCUUUCGCACUAAGAUCCAAUUUGGUGUCGCACACUAGAACACACACCGGAGACAAACCGUAUUCGUGCAACAUUUGCCAUCGAAAUUUCAUCAGAAGAGACUGUUUGAUCGAACACACGAGGAUUCACACGGGAGAGAAGCCGUUCUCGUGUAAAACGUGUCAUAAAAAUUUCAGAAGAAAAAAUCGUUUGACUGAACACAUGAAAGUUCACACGGGAGAGAAGCCGUAUUCGUGCAGCUUUUGCCUUCGAAGUUUCACCAGGAGAAACAGUUUGGACGAACAUGUGAGGAUUCACACGGGAGAGAAGCCGUUCUCGUGCAGCUUUUGUCAUCGAAGUUUCACCAGGAGGAACUGUCUGAAUGAACACGUGAGGAUUCACACCGGAGAGAAGCCGUUCUCUUGUGAAAUAUGUGGCGAUAGUUUCACCACUCGCCCUCAUUUGCUGGACCACGCCAGACUGCACACGGGGGAGAGUUCGUAGUCUCAGACUCGUGGGGAAAAAAGGGAAGUUGUGUCCGAUUGUCUGUGCCGACUGCAUGAAGGGUUGAAUUUGACAGGUGCAGGUAGAGCUGGAGGAUUAUUCAAUAACCACAUAUGCUGCCUGUCCAAAAACAAUACACACUAUAGUGCUUGGUUGUAGGCCUGUGUUGAAAAAAUCUUCCGAUUAUAAAUCGAUUUGUAUGUCUAAAGAUCGAUUUUAAAAAAAAAAAAAAAAAAAAAAAAAAAAAAAAAAAAAAUCAUCAUUACAUUACAACUUUUGGUAUUUUUUUGUUUAUGCCCAAAAAAGGAAUGUUUUGUUGGACACGAGAAUAACUGGUGCCAUGUUUUUACCUUUUAAAUAUGUUUAAAGGUAUGAAAUAAUAAAAGUUUUCAGUUAUAAUUGCAUAAAUUGUCUAUAUUUCAUUACUUUAUAUACUGUAUUGGGGUUACAUUUGCAUAAAAUGCUAAAAACCAAAUGCUCAAAAAUUUAAAACCAAAAUAGACUGAAAAUGGAAAAAAUAAAAACAGAAUGUGAGAAAAAAUUAAAACUGAUUUCAUUCGUCCUCUGUUUCCUCCCUUGAUCUGUUUGGUAAUUCUGACCCAGGAUGUUUCUGAAAGCAGUUCUAUCAGCAU